UGUGUUUCUAUUUCACAAAAAAUGGCUGCUCACUUAUCAUACGGUAGAGUCAAUUUAAACAUUUUAAGAGAAGCAGCACGGAAGGAACUUCGAGAGUUUUUGGACAAAUGUGCAGGAAGCAAGGCCAUCGUUUGGGAUGAAUAUCUGACUGGACCCUUCGGACUAAUAGCGCAGUACUCUUUACUUAAGGAACAUGAAGUGGAAAAGAUGUUCACUCUCAAACGUGGCCGGCUCCCUUCAGCUGAUGUCAAAAAUAUAAUUUUUUUUGUCCGCCCCAGACUGGAGCUUAUGGACAUCAUUGCUGAGAAUGUAUUCAGUGAGGAUAAGAUGCAUUCAUCACGUGACUUCCAUAUUCUGUUUGUGCCACGUCGGAGCAUGUUGUGUGAACAGCGAUUGAAGGAGCAGGGUGUGCUGGGCUCUUUCAUCAACAUUGAUGAGUACAUCCUGGAUCUAAUUCCCUAUGAUGGUGACCUGCUCUCCAUGGAGUAUGAAAGUGCUUUCAGGGAGUGUUACCUAGAAAAUGACCAGACAAGUCUUUAUCACACAGCCAAAGGUCUGAUGACCUUACAGGCAUUGUAUGGGACCAUACCACAGAUUUAUGGAAAAGGAGAGUGUGCACGGCAUGUUGCCAACAUGAUGCUGAGAAUGAAGCGGGAGUUUGCUGGCAGUCAGAAUCAGAUCCUGCCAGUGUUUGAUACACUUCUGCUCUUGGAUCGUAAUGUUGACCUGCUUACCCCUUUGGCCACACAACUCACCUAUGAGGGUCUCAUUGAUGAAAUCUAUGGAAUCAACAAUGGUUAUGUGAAAUUACCCCCUGAGAAGUUUGCACAGAAAAAGCAAGGUGAGGCGAGUAAAGAUUUACCCACUGAGCCCAAGAAGCUGCAGCUCAAUUCAGCAGAGGAGCUGUAUGCAGAAAUCAGGGACAAAAAUUUCAACGCUGUUGGAGCAGCCCUUAGCAAGAAGGCCAAAAUCAUCUCUGCUGCCUUUGAGGAGCGCCACAAUGCUAAAACAGUGGGAGAAAUAAAGCAGUUCGUGUCUCAGUUGCCUCAUAUGCAGGCAGCAAGAAGCUCCCUGGCUAAUCACACAUCCAUAGCAGAGCUGAUUAAAGACAUUACCACAUCUGAGGCCUUCUUUGACAACCUAACAGUGGAGCAGGAGUUUAUGACUGGAGUAGAUACAGACAAGGUAAAUACAUACAUAGAAGACUGCAUUGCCCAGAAGGACCCACUGAUCAAGAUUCUACGCCUGGUGUGUAUGCAGUCAGUGUGUAACAAUGGCCUCAAGCAGAAAGUGCUUGAUUACUACAAAAGGGAGAUUCUGCAGACCUACGGUUAUGAACACAUACUAACACUGAACAACCUAGAGAAGGGUGGUCUGUUGAAGCUACAGACGAGCUCUAGGAAUAACUAUCCUACCAUUAGAAAAACCCUUAAACUGUGGAUGGAGGAUGCCAAUGAACAGAAUCCCAAUGACAUCUCCUAUGUAUACAGCGGAUAUGCUCCAUUAAGCAUCCGACUGACACAGGUCUUAGCGAGACCUGGCUGGCGUAGCAUCGAAGAGGUGCUGAAGAUGCUCCCAGGCCCACACUUUGAGGAGAGACAACAGCUGCCUGCUGGGCUUCAUAAAAAACGCCAGCAGGGGGAAAAUCGGACCACGCUGGUGUUCUUCCUUGGAGGGGUGACGUAUGCAGAAAUAGCCGCCCUUCGUUUCCUCUCUCAGAUGGAAGACAGCGGGAUGGAGUAUAUAAUAGCCACCACCAAACUAAUAAAUGGGACAACGUGGAUUAAAUCUCUCAUGGACCGGCCUGAAUCCCAAGCACCCUGAGUUACCUGCAUGUCCACCUGGGCACAUCAAACGCCCCACCGAUCAGAAAACCUCCACUGUUCAGCUUUUAUGUCCACAUAAGUACUGCAGGUGCCUCAUUGAUGUCUGAGCAGGUGACACAGCAGAAGACUUGUGAAGGUUUUUCCUUUAGGUCUUGUAUUGCAUCCAGACAGUAUAGUAUUUAAUAAUGUUGUAUGGCUGGGCAAUAUGGCCAUUUUUUUCAGUGUUUAUAAUUUUUAUUGUCAAUUUUUUCUUUUUACAUGAGCAUAAAAUGAAAAUGUAUUAGAAAAAAAAUACCAUUCUUUAUCAAACCUAAGAAAAUAAAUUUAAAUAAAGUACUGUUGAGUGGAGAGUCAUAUUUACACUAUCUUACAACAAAGAAACAGGUUCAGUUAUGAAUUUUUGUUGAACAAGAAAGGAUUCCAGAUGAAGCACUGAUCCAGUUUACUAUUUAGAUAUUUUUUCACACUGUACAAGAACAAAAACUUUAAUUUGAUUUAUUGCCCAGGCCUUUAAUGUUGAUCUCUUUGUUCUUUGCUUGGAUUUCCAUCCCAGAGGUUGUUACUCUUGAGCUACUGUAUAUAAUAUAUAUGUAUAUCUUUUUUUGCAUUGCUUGUAUUGUCAUAUAUGCACUUUUGUUUACAUUUCCAAGAUUUUUGAUCAGUUUUCUUCUUGUGCCACAUUAAAAAUAUGUAAAUAAAGCUGUAAUGAGCAGAAA